AAUAUACCGAACUCGAGCAGCACAGACACGUGCCUCUGUGACCCCGCCCCUCCAGUGAACUCCCCCUGUGACGACAGCAGAGUCCUCCCAAUGCGGGGGCUUUGAGCAUGGGCACUGGCUGCGCCGUGGUGAAAAACGUGUAUUCGCCCUGUGUGGUGUCAGUGACAAACAAACCAGCCCAGCGGAGCACAGUGAAAGGGAGUGUGCUGGAUUCAUUAACGCUGCAUCUGGAGCGCAUCAAUUAAACGGAGGGAUCCAUAAAGGGAAGGUGGCAUGCAUGCAUGCAUGUAUGUAUGUGCGUGUAUCUGCAGGUUUUUUGGAGACGGCGGAGGUUUUCGAGGAAUUAUAAGUGGAUCGCUACUGAUGGGGGGCUGUAUGGGCUGUGACUCCUGACUGCCUGCAUUGUUUCAUAUGUUUCCUGGGAUGGAUUAAUUUUCCUCCUCAACCAUCAAAGGAAUAAUAGCUGAUUAACCCAUCUAUUCGCUCCCAAUGAUUCUCGAGAGCAGAGAGAUGGAUGGGAUCGGGAACACCAUGCAGAAGAAGGCUGCAGAGCUGGAGCGGCUGGCCGAGGUGCUUGUCACCGGAGAACAGCUGAGGCUGCGGCUCCACGAGGGGAAGGUAAUCAAGGACCGGCGGCACCACCUGCGGACUUACCCAAACUGUUUUGUGGCCAAAGAGCUCAUUGAUUGGCUGAUCGAACACAAGGAGGCCUCAGACAGAGACAUGGCCAUCAAGAUCAUGCAGAAACUCUUAGAUCAGAGCAUAAUUCACCAUGUGUGUGACGAGCACCGAGAGUUCAAAGAUUUGAAGCUGUUUUACCGAUUCCGCAAAGACGAUGGCACUUUCCCAUUGGAUAGCGAAGCCAAGGUCUUCAUGAGGGGGCAGAGGAUCUAUGAGAAGCUGAUGAACACAGAGAGCAACCUAUUGCAGACCAGAGAGGAGGAGGGCGGGACGUUUGAGCGGACAUUGGUGGCCUCCGAGUUCAUUGACUGGCUGCUACAGGAGGGAGAGAUGGCGACCAGGGAGGAGGCAGAGCGGCUGGGACGACGACUUCUUGAACACGGCAUCAUCCAGCAUGUCACCAACAAGCAUCACUUUGUAGACGGACCUCUCCUCUACCAGUUCAGGAUGAACUUCAGGAGACGGAGGCGACUGAUCGAGCUCCUUCAGGAGCGCAGCCGCAGCAUCCCCGAGAGCCACGACAGCCCCUUCUGUCUCCGGAAACAGAACUCAGACGGAGGCAACACCAGCUUCCUAUCAGUGAGUCCCACUAAAGAGAUAAAGGUGGCAGUCGGAGUUCGUCGGAGCAGCAUGAGCAGCAGCUGUGGCAGCAGUGGUUAUUACAGCAGCAGUCCGACCCUCAGCAGCAGUCCACCUGUCCUCUGCAACCCCAAAUCUGUUCUGAAGAGACAAGUGAGUCCAGAGGAGCUCCAAACACCAGGAGGCCCUUUUAUAAAGAAGACAUUCACUAUUGUAGGUGAUGCUGUGGGCUGGGGCUUUGUGGUGCGAGGCAGCAAACCCUGUCACAUCCAGGCUGUGGACCCUGGUGGACCUGCAGCUGCUGCUGGCAUGAAGGUGUGUCACUUUGUGGUGUCAGUGAACGGACUGAACGUCCUCUCCCAUGACUACCGGACCGUCAGCAACCUGAUCCUAACUGGACCCAGGACAAUCGUCAUGGAGGUGAUGGAGGAGGCGUGAUAUUUACGCAGAGCCUCAUAGAAGAGUGGUUUAGCAUCAACCUGGGGACUAGAAGGUUUUGUGCUUGACCUCAAAACCACACAGAUGGAGAAAUUGGAUGACUCAAACGCUUUCUGUUCCAAUGUUGUUUGGAGAAGGUGGAUGACUGAGAAACUGUGUGUGUGUGUGUGGGAAGACAAGUAUGUGAUUCAACCCUUGGACACAACACACAGGUUUUUCUCCUUUUUUUUCUUUCUUCUUCUUCUUCUUCGAGGUGCAAGAUCCUCCACUCCCACAGAUCACAAUUCAAUAGCUCCAGCGUUUCCACAAAGAUUCAGUCUCUGACUUUAUGUGUGGAGGAAAUAAAAUCCACAUCUCCUGUAUGUUUGACUUUCAAACCAAAACUGUGCAAUGAAUCUGUUGCUGAACUCGAUGAGAGUGUUUUUAAAGGAUGUAACUAAAAUCUGGAGAUGAACAAGUAAAAGUUGCAACUAUAAUAAUGAGGAAGAAUAUUUCAUGUCGCCACAUUCAGUGACCUCUUCCCCAGUUAGUUUCCAACUCUUGACUGGAGCCUGUGGUGUCUCUGCACCGCCCUCUGCUGGGAAGAAAACACAGAUGUGAUAUGAAACUCUUUGGUUUCUUUUUUUUUUAUUUUUUUUUCCUAGCCUGGGAACUACCUAAGAAAAAUAAGAUAAAUUUGUAUUCUUGUCCUGUGAAGAACUUACCCACAAUAUCACAGGUAACUGAGUCUCCAGGUGUAUGUCCAUUUAGUAAAUAUUUGUUAGUGUACAAACUGUAUGAUAUUAAUAGGCACAAUGUAUAUAGUUACCAGACAUAACACAAAGAAACUGAGGAGGCCGGCUUUAGGAAGGCAGCAGUCAUACCAUUUUGUAACGUCACUACUAUUCAAGCUAAUACUGCUUCAGCACUGAGAUCAUAUUAGAGACUUUAUAGAUGAUAGAUAGGAUGAAUGACCCUUAAUUCUAAAAACUUUUAAGAUAGAGCAUGAUGACAAAAGAGUUAAAACAGUAAAUCUUCUGUUAUAUUUCUCAGCUCUUAAAUACCUUCAGUGAACCUCGACAAUAAGUGUUGAAGUUAUUGUUUAAAAAGAAAGAAAGAAAACACGAGAUGUUUUUCAUACCAGUAGAAAUACCAAAUCAGUUCAUGGGAGGACAGUCACAACUGGACAAUUUACAGAUUUAAAUAGUAAACAGUAGAUUAUAUAUUUAAUGUUGGAAGAUUAAAGAAUAGAAUGACUAUAUGAGCACUUGAGCCAUUAACAAUAGUUUUAAUUCACAAAAGCACUUAAGUGAUGAAAGUUUUUCAAUUGGAAUUUAUAUAUAAUAACUUUAUAUAGCACUUAAAAAAAAGAAGAAGAAGAAGAGCAAGUUUACUAAUUGUUUUGACAGACAAAGCAAAAGCAGGAUACUCAGAAGGCAAAAUAAACAUAAGCCCAAACAAAAGAAAGACAAAAUGAAAAUAAAGUUAAAAGAGGACGAAAGAAAAAAACAAAACAAAAGCAGAGAGAACACAGUGACGAUGAAAAGACAAAAAGACAGUAAAAGAGAUAAAAGACAAUAAAAUUAACAUUACAAAUACAAAUAUGAAGAAAUGCAAAUAUAAAAAGAAUAAGAGCAAUAAAAAGAUGACAUCAGAUAAAAGCAAGUCUAUAGAAAUUGGUUUUAAAAAGUCAUUUAAAGUGAGUUGAUUCUUAUGUCCUGAUGCAGGUCAUUCCAAAGCCAAGGGGCCCUGAUGGCAAAAGCACGGCCACCUUUACUGUACAUUCAAACUGGCUUGUAUGAGGUCAACAUUUCUGUUAUGUAUCUUGCGGCCACACCCAGACCUGCUAUAAAAGUGAUCAGUAAAAUCAUAAAAAUCAAUUUGAAAUCAAACUUGAGAAGCCAAGACUGUUUUGAUGUGAUGUCGCUUGUUAAAACCAGUAAGACGCUGAGCUGCUGCUUCCUGAACUAGUUUGAUAUGAGAGUGACUUUUUUUUUUUACUGUAUAUGUACAUUAUAUACCUUGUGUGUAUACAAUCUGACAUCCCUGAUUUGAAACUAAUAAGAGGGAAUAACCUCCCCCCCGCUUGCCCCCUACAUCCCUCAUUAUCUGUGUUAUAUAAAGUGUUAUAAUAAUCACAUGUAUAGUAAUUACAUGUCCAGUAUGAUCAGUGAAAGUUCACCCAAAUAGAAAAGAUGUGUUUUCUCUCUCCUGUGCAGCUUUUGUUUCAGUAAUUUGCCAAGUUUUUGAGAUUUCUUCCUUCUUUCCAAUACAAUGAAAGUGAAUUGAAUUUCUAGUCCUCGCAGGAUUAAAACAAAAUUAAAUAUCUCUGCAAACAUAUGGUCCCUGUUACAUCAUAAUCUGGAUAAAAAUGCUGUAAAUAUUUGUCAUUGGAACAACUUUCUGCUGAAGAAACUGCCCUGAUAAAUACUGUCAACGGUGUGUUGUGUGGAUAUUUCAGAGCAACAGAGAUGUUAUUGAUGUUGCUGCUGAAUUCAAAUUUCAUCUUUCCAGUGCCGUCAGCAACACAGACGAAAUUCACUUUUCUUUGAGGGUGGUGGUAGAAAUCUCAAAUAAGAGUAUCUGAAAAUCUGAGCAAAUAAAACUGAAUCUAAGUAAUUAGAUACCAUUAGAAGAACAGUAAGUAAGAAAGCUUUAAAUCCAUGUAUCCUAAAAUUAAACUUUAACAAUUUAAGCAGGCUUCAGCUUUAGAUAAAUAGAUUUGUACAUUUAUUAUCUUCCAGCUAACAUCAGAAUUUGGUGUACAGUGCAGUACAUGUGUAGACUGUGCCGUCAUGUUAUCCUGCUUAGAUAUAAUGUAGUUUGGAAGGAUUAUAUUUAAAACUAUAGAAUAAUAACUAAAGACAAUAAAAAGCAUGGAUACGUUUCAUAUUGCUUAUGUUUCUGUAAUCCAUGGUAGAUUCCUCAGUAAACACUACCUGGUUUAAUGGAAGUAUACUUGGUUUAGUCAUGGAGUUCAAACGUAUCAUGUUCAGUAAAUUUGACAUUUUCUAUUCAUGGUGAUUGAACAUAUAUUCGGGAAGUCCUUCUUUUUUUGUCAGACAGUAAAAUGAAUCUGUAAACUGCCUCCAAAUGUCUGAAGUGAGUUAUCUACUAUAGUGACCAUCUAUCUCAGUGUGCUUUGAUGUUGUGAGCAGUGAAAUGCAUGACUCUUAUAACUCUGCUCACAGUAUGUAGCAUUAGCUUCUCAUUCAAAGCUUUUCUUCUGUCUGUUGACAGAGUUAUCUGACUAAUCAUUUCUGAACUAAAGUAGAUUCUAUCUUUGCUUCCUCAUCUCCAGGAGGACAAAAACCUCCUUAACU